AUGGCUUUUGAUAUUAAAACAGCCACAGCCAUCGUUAUGCCCUACGACGGCAGCGCUGAAAAUCUAGGUUCAUUUGUUGAUGCAGCCAAUCUACUGGACGAGCUAACCGAUCCAGCACACAAAGCUGUAGCAGUGAAAUUUAUACGGUGUAGAUUGUCUGGAAGAGCCAGGUUGGGCUUACCAGAAAAUAUUGACACUAUACAACAACUAAUAAACAAUGUAAAAACACGGUGUGCGGACCUCACAACACCGGAAAAUGUGAUAGCGAAAUUAAAAGCGACAUCACAGAAAAAUAAUAUUAAUAGUUUCUGUAGCGAGGUUGAGACAUUGACCGACCAGCUACAGAAUAUAUACAUAUCAAAGAAAGUACCACAAGAAAUGGCACAAUCAAUGGCCACAAAAGCGGGAAUUGAUGCCCUCAUCAAUGGCGUCAAAAAUGACGUAACAAAAUUAAUCCUACAAGCAGGUACGUUUGCCACAAUCAGAGAUGCCGUACAGAAAGUAACGGAACGUGGAACAGAGGAGACGCCCAACGCCGCCCAAAUCUUCCACAUAAACAAUAAUAGAUGGGGGAACAGGAGAAACAAUAACUGGAACCAACGCGGGGGAAAUAACAAUCGCGGUCGAAACCUCGCUAGACAGUAUGGUCAAAAUAAUCGAGGUUAUGGUAAUUAUAACAACUACCAUAACCAGAAUAAUAACGACUUCAGUACAAAUAAUGGUUACCGGAAUGAAAACCGAAGACCAAACAAUCAAAAUCGGGGUUAUGGUAAUCAUAACCGUUAUAACAGUAACAACGAAAGAUUCAGGGGUCGUAACGUAUAUUAUGCGGAAAACGACCAGUCGUCAUCGGUACAGCCUCAAACCGAGACGAGGGAAAUGCAAGAGGUUGCUCACCCAAGAGCGUAA